UCAUCGCAGGUCCUGCAGCUCUUGCAGUGCACAGAUACAGAGCAGGUCCUGGUCAGGGUCUCUCUUCUUCUCUCCAGAAUCCCCCUUUAUCCCCGGGGUCUCUCCUUGUCCUGGAGGAUCUCCUCCAGCUCCUCCACCAAGGAUGGACAGGAAGGAGAUCAGCAGAAGAAUAUUAGACCUCACCUUGGAGAUCAUCUCCCUGCUGAGCGGAGAGGAUUACACCCUAGUGAAGAAGACAUCGGGGAGGACUCCCAUCAUCCAGGAGUCAGGAGGGUGGACCCCCAUCACACAGCCUCCCCCCCUGAUACAUGAGGAGAAGAUCCUAGAACUCACCCACAAGAUGAUGGAGCUGCUGACUGGAGAGGUUCCUGUAAGGUGUCAGGAUGUGGCGGUGUAUUUCUCCAUGGAGGAGUGGGAGUAUAUAGAAGGACAGGAGGAUCUGUACGAGGAGGCCAUGAUGGAGGAGCCCCGGCCUCUGACAUCACCAGAUUAUAAAGAAGAAGAUAAAGAUAUCAAGCAGCACUCUUCAAGAGAAGAACUCAUUACCUGUAAUGUACAUCCGGGACUUCACAGUACAGAUCCAUCAUAUAAUUCUCCUAAUCAUGAGGAACCUUCUCCUGACCAAUCACAGAUUUUCACUACAAGUACCAGGGAGAAAGGGGGUAAAAGGUAUGAAUGUGAGGAAUGUGGAAAACACUUUACAAAAAAAUUAGGUCUUUUAAAACACAGACGAAUUCACACAGGACAGAAGCCGCAUUCAUGUUCAGAAUGUGGGAGAUGUUUUAUUCAGAAAUCAGAUCUUGUAAAACAUGAGAGAAUUCACACAGGGGAGAAGCCAUAUGCAUGUUCAGAAUGUGGGAAAUGUUUUAUUCAUAAACCAAAUCUUGUUAGACAUGGGAGAAGUCACACAGGAGAAAAGCCAUAUUCAUGUUCAGAUUGUGGCAAAUGUUUUACAAAGAAAUCAUAUCUUGUUUGUCAUGAGAGAAGUCACUCAGGGGUGAAACCAUAUACAUGUUCAGAAUGUGGCAAAUGUUUUACUAAUCAAUCAAGUCUACUUAUACAUCAGAGAAUUCACACAGGAGAGAAUACGUUUUCAUGUUCAGAAUGUGGGAAAUGCUUUACAAAUAAAUCAUAUCUUAGUAAACAUGAGAGAAUUCACAUAAGAGAGAGGCCAUAUUCUUGUUCAGAGUGUGGAAAAUGCUUUACCGAAAAAUCUAAUCUUGUUAGACAUCAGAGAAUUCACACAGGAGAGAAGCCAUAUUCAUGUUCACAAUGUGGGAAAUUUUUACAAAUAAAUCUGUUCUUGUUCGACAUGAGAGAAGUCACAUGA